UCCAACGGCUGCCGGGGCCGAGCGCCGUUGGGGAGGAAGCUGCGGCAGCGGGAGGCGCAGGUGUGAGUCCGGCGGUCCGUUAGCCGCCCGCACUGCGCCCCUCGCCGUCCCGGCCAUUGGUCGGAGGCCUGCAAGAGCCGGGGUGACUCUCGGAUCUAUGCCCUGGGGGAGCGGCAACACCAGAUUCAUGGCCACCGCGGCGGCUCCGUCUUCCUUGGCCCUCAGCGCCUCCAGCACGGCCGGGGCCUCCAGCUCAUAUGGAGUCUUCUGCAAAGGGCUCUCCCGCACCCUGCUCGCCUUCUUCGAGCUGGCCUGGCAGCUGCGCAUGAACUUCCCGUAUUUCUACGUCGCGGGCUCGGUGAUCCUCAACAUCCGCUUGCAGGUACAUAUUUAGUGCCGUGAUUACGCUGCCUACAUCCCGGCCAGGACAUGGCGGACUCCCAGGAGGCCUGGCGGCGGUGAAGAAAAUUUGUAAGCACGGAGCUCUGGAAUCUCGCGAGAGGUCGUGAGCGCUCUGUGCGGUUGCGCUCUCGGUUCCUACCGGAGCUUCCAGGGCCGGGGCGGAAAGCGGGUCGAGGCUAGAGAAAGGAAAUACGCGAUUUUCCGGGGACAGCAAAGAACCUCAGUUAAGGCCUACGACAAUAUUUAAGAUGCUUUGCAGCCUUAAGAACAGGAUGAACAUGAUGCCGAGUAAAGAAAAGGGCGGCUACUAAAGUUUUCAGAAAAAAAAAUUUUUCAUGUACAAGCUCACGGUCCAAAUUAAAACAAAUUUCGGGAAGAUGGGAUUGGACUGGAACCAAGACAUUGAAUGAAUAAGAAGCUGAAGAUCUUAAAGAGAUACGUGGAAGGCAAAUAUAUUUCUUCAACAAGAGAAAACAAUGACAGUCUGAAAUUCUCAGUGAAAAUAACCACAAGUGUACAGGAAAAACAUCCUUCUAAUACCAAACAACGAAAAAUGCUGCUGGAUUUUGAACAGGGUUGGAGUUUUAGAAAGUGGACCCUCUUGCAGUGUCCGUGUAGUUCAAGACCUUGGAACCAAAGAAAAGGAAGUCCAGUCAUAGCACUAACCUUGGUUAUUUUGUGAAUAACACUUCAGUAAUCAUAAUAAUUAAUGUAAAUGCUGUU